CCUCUCGCAGUCGAGUGGAUUCGGUCGUAUCGGGUGGACGUACGUUUUGGCCGGUCGUUUUUGGUGCUGAGAGUGGCCAGUUGGUGCCAUUAGGGUCCGUGAGUGUGACAAGGAGAGGACCAUCUCCAUCUCCACUGGGAGUGUGAGACGGGACGGGAUGGAUUGAUGGGGUAAUACGACGAAGAAGAAGAAGAGCUCUAGAGGAGUGCUGCUAGUAGCCGAAGGAAUCAUAAGAAAAAUUAUCACAUAAAUCGUCGAGCCGAAUUCUUGAACUUUUUCACAUGUGGAGCGCGCCAAACGGGGUUCAGUGAAGUUUUCGGGAGCUAAUUUUGCACCAUUUGAAGCAUUGAGUCUGCGAUUUGCUCUUAUCAGUUUACCGAGGAUCUGUGAAACAGUUGGUGCCGGAAGAAAUGUGUGAUCGCGAUCAAGUCCCAGUUGAUUCCCUGGAGAAAAAUCAUCAACAUCAUCGUCGCAUGGUAUAGUGAAUAGCGUGGAAAUAAUCAACAGUAGCAGCAAGUAGCAUUCGUAAAAGGGGCCAAGGAGAUUGGAAGUGCUGCGCGAAGGUUCCGAAGAAGAGAAGAUAUUUUUUUACUGAAAGAAUUAAAGUGCAGUGAUUUUGCGGAGGAUAAAAGGAAUUUAAAAAAAAAAGGAAGAUAUCAGUGUGCCAAUCAAAAGUGAAUUUGUGUUGCCAAGCUGUAUUAAAAAAGGAUUAAGUUGGUUAUCCGAAGGAAUACAGCAACCAAUCAAGCCCGCGGAGUAAAAGGUCUUUAUGCUGCGGCUUUUAUGAAGAUUGUUAUAUCUUGGUGCCUGAGUCUAAGGACGUUAUAUUAACGUCCUACUCAUGUAUAGUUGGCCGCAGAGAUGGCCAAACUAGAUUCAUCAUGUAUAGGUUUUAUAUUUAAUUUAUUUAUUUUUAUUAAUUUAAUUUUAAGUAGUUAUGCACAGCGUAGGACUUCCAGUAGUAGUAGGUUACCACAUAGGCCCAUCCAUCGUGUUCAUCCGUGCGAGCAGAGCAGUUGCUAUCCGGCGACGGGCAAUCUGCUGAUCGGUCGCGAAAACCGCCUCGAAGCGUCGUCAACCUGCGGCACGGUGCGACCCGAGCGCUACUGCAUCGUGUCCCAUCUCGAGGAGAAGAAAUGUUUCCUGUGCGACACCCGGCCCGAGACGGCCCAUAUCCCGAUGAAGAACCACCGGGUCGGACAGAUCAUCUACAAGAAUCAACCGGGCACCCUGGAGCAAUCCUGGUGGCAGUCGGAGAACGGCAAGGAGAACGUCACGAUCCAGCUGGACCUGGAGGCGGAGUUCCACUUUACCCAUCUGAUCAUCGUGUUCGCUACGUUCCGUCCGGCCGCGAUGUUGAUCGAACGGUCGUACGACUUCGGCAAAACGUGGCACGUGUAUCGGUACUUUGCCCACAACUGCCGGUCGGCGUUCCCGGAUGUGCCGACCAUCGGCAAGAACAUUACCGACGUGAUCUGCGACCAUCGCUACUCGGGUGUGGAACCGUCGAAGAACGGUGAGGUUAUCUACCGGGUGCUGCCACCGAUGCACAUCGAGAACCCGUACGCUGAGCACGUGCAGAACAUGCUGAAGAUGACCAAUCUGCGAAUCAACUUCACGCGUCUGCACACGUUGGGCGAUACACUGCUGGACGAUCGCCAGGAGAUUCAGGAGAAGUACUACUACGCCAUUUCGAACAUGAUCGUGCGAGGAUCGUGUUCUUGCUAUGGACACGCAUCGCGAUGUCUUCCGCUGGAGGGAGUGAGGAACACUAUCGACAUGGUGCACGGUCGGUGCGAGUGUACGCACAAUACGAAGGGUUUGAACUGCGAGGAGUGCGAAGACUUCUUCAACGAUUUGCCGUGGAAGCCGGCCUUGGGCAAGCAGACGAAUGCUUGUAAAAAAUGUCACUGUAAUAACCAUGCAACUAGCUGCCAUUUCGAUCAAGCCGUUUAUGAACAUUCGGGACGUGUGAGCGGAGGUGUCUGCGAUAACUGCCAACAUAAUACGCAGGGUUAUCACUGUGAAGAAUGUUCUCCGUUCUUCUACCGGGAUCCUUUGGAGGAUAUUCAAAGUCCGUACGUAUGUAAGCCUUGCGAUUGCGAUCCAAGGGGAUCACUGGACGACGGAAUCUGUGACUCGAUAGCUGACGAAGAGAACGGAGUCGAAGCUGGAGCUUGCCAUUGCAAGAAGAACGUUAACGGUCGACGAUGCGACCAUUGCAAGGAAGGAUUCUGGAACUUUGAUGAGAACAAUCCGGACGGUUGCCAAACUUGUUCGUGCAACAUUCUCGGUACGGUGGACAAUGCCGGAUGCAAUGUCCACACCGGAGAGUGUAUUUGCAAGCGAUUGGUUACUGGACGCGAUUGUAACCAAUGUAUACCGGAGACAUACGGGCUUUCUGAUAGUCCCGAGGGUUGUACGAUGUGUAACUGCCAUCCGGGUGGUUCGCUGGAUAACAGUUGCGAUGUGAUUACCGGACAGUGUCGUUGCCGGCCGCACAUGCAGGGCAGGGAUUGCAGCGAACCGAAGCAACACUACUUCAUUCCAACCUUGCAUCAGGUUCUGGAAGCGGAAUUCCCGGGAACGAUUUGCGAUCAUCACUCUUCAGUUGGUAAUUGCUCGGCGGUCAUUCGUGAGCACCCGCACGGUUAUCCUCCUACGUGGACUGGUCCCGGAUUUAUUCGAGCUUUCGAAGGAACCGAGCUCAAGUUUACUGUCGACGAUAUCCCGAAAACGAUGAACUACGACGUGCUGGUACGGUAUUCACCCCAGAUUAAGGGAGACUGGGAGGACAUUCGAAUGACGGUUAUACGACCGGACGAGUACGAUCCCGAUGGUCCAUGUGCAAACUCGCAUCCGGAAUACGAACGAGAUUUCCACACGACAUUGUCCGAGUAUGAAACCAGUGCAGUGGCAAUGAGAGAUAUUUGUCUGGAGAAUGGCAAGACGUACAAGUUCAUUGUCACUUUCCAGAGGCACGACCCGUACAGGGACAACGGCGCAGCACAAAUUCUGAUCGAUUCGCUCGUACUGGUUCCGAGGAUAGAAGUUACGCCAAUCUUCCAUGGUAACCCGCAAGCGGAAGUAAGGUAUACAGAAUACCAGAAUCUUGGAUGCAAUCAGACUUACUAUGACGUAAACUACGAUUCGGAAGCUCGGCCGGAAUGUAAGGAUCUGCUGAACAUGGUCAGUGUUUACGUCUUCAACGGAGCAACUCCAUGCGAAUGUAAUCCGACCGGUUCGACGACGAAGAAAUGUGAGGAAUUCGGAGGAUACUGCGCGUGCAAGACCAACGUGGUUGGGCGCCAAUGUGACAAGUGUGCACCGGGAACAUACGGAUUCGGACCGGAGGGAUGCAAAGCUUGCGAUUGUAACAGUAUCGGAUCGAAGGACAACGAUUGCGAUCUGGUAACCGGUCAAUGUAAUUGUCAUCCGAAUACCUACGGACGAGAGUGCGAUCAAUGUCAGCCAGGAUUCUGGAACUUCCCGAACUGUCAGAUGUGCGAAUGUAACGGACAUACACCAACUUGUAAUUCCAAGACGGGAGAAUGUUCCCAGUGCCAGGACUUCACACAGGGCUGGAAGUGCGACAGGUGCUUGGAUGGGUACUACGGAAAUCCACUGUUGGGUUCGGAGAUUGGUUGCCGGCCUUGCCGUUGUCCGGAUACGAUUGCUUCCGGACAUUCGUACGCCAACGAGUGUCUGCUGGACCCCAAGGCAAACGAUGUGAUCUGUUUGUGCGACCAGGGCUACGCGGGAGCCAAGUGUGAUGUUUGCGCUGACAACUACUUCGGAAAUCCGGACCGACCGGGAGGUGUCUGCCAACAGUGCGACUGUAGCAACAAUGUGGAUCUGAAUCAACCGGGCAAUUGCGAUCCCAAAUCGGGUCAAUGUUUGCAAUGUUUGUACGAUACGGAGGGAGAUCACUGCGAGUUCUGCCGUGACGGAUUCUACGGCAACGCUCUGGAGCAGAAUUGUCGACCUUGCGACUGUAAUGUACUGGGAACGAAUCAAACGGUACAGCAUUGCGACCGUUUCACGGGUCAGUGUCCGUGCUUAGCCAACGUACGUGGACAGUACUGCGAGGAUUGUAUUGAGAACCACUGGAAGAUCGCCAGCGGAGAAGGAUGCGAGGCAUGUAAUUGUGAUCCGGUGGGAUCCAUGAGCGAGCAGUGUAAUCCGUACGAUGGACAAUGUACCUGUAAGCAAGGAUUCGGCGGACGCCAAUGUAACCAGUGUGAGUCUAACUUCUGGGGUAAUCCGAAUGUUCACUGUCAUGCUUGUGACUGUAACCCGUAUGGAUCCGCUACGUACCAGUGUAACCGCGAGACCGGUCAAUGUAUCUGCAACCCUGGAAUAGGAGGUUACAAGUGUGACCAGUGCGCUCGUGGUUAUUUGGGAGAAGCUCCGUACUGCGAACCAUGCGGAGAAUGCUUCGACAAUUGGGACAUGAUACUGGAUGGUCUCAAGGAGGAAACCAACCGUACGAUCGAGGAAGCCAAGGCUAUCAAAACUCUCGGAGCGACGGGAGCUUACAAGAAGGAGUUCGAUUCAAUGGGCAAGAAGAUCGAUAUAAUCAAAGGUCUGCUAACGAACACAAUCUCGGAUCGGGAAAUCACCACCAUCGACGAUCGGAUAGCGGAAGUUCGACAGCAUUUGAAGGCUUCACUUGAAGAACUGAAAGAAUCGGAAAAGCGCUUGCAGGAUACGGAUGCGACAAUCAACUUUGCGAACAUCGAGAUCGACAAUCUGAGGAAGCGAACCGAAGAAGUAAAGCAGCUGGCAGAUUAUCUGAAGGACAAUGCUACAAAGCUACAGGAAGGAAAUAUCGAGGGAGCUCUAAACUUGACGAGGGACGCUUGGAAUCGAGUUACCCUGCUCGGUGAAACCAAUAUGGAAAUUCAAGAGCUCAACGACAAUGCCGAAAGGCAAUGCAAACGAACUGAGAUUCUGCUAAAGAAGCAGCAGGAUCACUUCGAUCAUCUGCAUGAUACUAACGAGGCGUCGUUCUUGAAGUACCAGAAUGAACUGGAUACGUUGAAUGCCAACAUUCCAGAUUUGAACGAACGAAUUUGCGACCGACGAGGAGAUCCUUGCGACGAAUUUUGCGGCGGUGCGGGAUGCGACGGCAAGUGCGGAGGAUUGACGUGCGACAAGGGUGCUUUGACGAGGUCCGAGAAGGCACUACAAUACGCCAAAAAGACCGAACAGACUAUCAAGGAGAAGGAGGAGCUGGCCGACGAUAUUCUGCGAUCGAUGUCCCAGGCGAAAACGAACGCCUCGGAAGCGUUCAAGAAGGCCAAGCGGGCCCACGACAAGGCAAAGGCGCACUACGAUCACACGCAUUCGCUGAUAGAUCAGGCCAAUGUCGUAGUGACGGCUUUAACCGACAUUAUCGACAACAACACAGCCACCCCGGAGAAGAUCAAGGACCUGGCGGAUCAGGUCAUGGACUACACCUUGCAGUUAGAUCCGGAUCAAAUCCAAAAGUUGGCGGAGCAGAUUGAUGAAGCCGUUUCGCACUUGGAAAAUGUUGAGACGAUCAUUCGACACACGGAGCAUGAUCUACAGCGAGUUCAGGACCUGAAAGACGACACAUUUGCCACAAAGGAUCGCGCCGAGAAGGUACUGGACGAGGCGAUUGAGUUGGUCAAGGCAUUGGAUGAUGCAGAUGAUGCUCAGAAGAAGGCUCGGCAGUCGAUCAAGCGUGCCAACGAGGAUAUCCAAUCGGCUAAGAUCGAUCUCGAAGAGAUUGAUAAAGAAACGGAUGAUGCCUACAAGCGUGCAAACGCAACCGCUUCGAAGGUCGACGAACUGAAGGCACGACUCAAUAAACUGCAUGUCAGUAACGUACAGAACGAUCAGGAUGCACAGGAGAUCAUUAAACAAGCGGAAGCCGUGAAGGAUUCGGCUAACAACGCCCACGAUUUGGCUACACAGCUGAAAGACAACUACAAAACUGCCAACGCAACGUUGACGGCAAGAUCUAACGCUUCGGAAAGUGCCCGGGAACGAGCCCAGAACUUGCUAAACCGUGCAUCCAAGAUUACCGUCGAAACAACUAACCAGCUCAAUAAACUUCAUGACUUGUACAAAACGUACGAACAGAACCAGAACGAGUUGGGAUCACUGGAGACGAACAUCCAGGGCUUGACCGAGCAGAUCAAUACCUAUCUGAACAAGAUCCAAGGCGAUGCCGAUCGUUACCGACAGUGUACGACGUAAACGGAACAUGACGAAGGACAAUAUUUUUUACAUAAGUUAACACACGAAAAGUCAAGUUUAUUGGAAGGAAGGAAAUUGUUUGUGUUCAGUGUUUUAUGUGAAGCGAGAACCAAGUGUUCGUAACAAAUAUCUGCCGUUUUUUUCGUUCUAUAGAAUAAUUGUGUGGCUAAUGUAUCUUGAAGAUGUACUCGUUAGAAUCGUAAACUGCUUGAGAAAAUCAACGAGAUUUGAAGGAAUCUGAAACGUAAAGUCGUGUAACACAGUCAGAACUUAUAAUAACCUGUUUCUUUAAAACAUUUUCGCAACAAACCUUUUUUUUAACCAGUGUCCUAUACCACACUGAAUAACAUUCAGAAAUCGAAACAAACAAAAAAUAAAUGUGCCAAAUAAGUAAAACGAUAGACUAAAUCAACUUCCCCGUAUGUGUGCUUUUGUUAACGUAAAUAUAUGUGUAAUAAACAGCAAUCGUAUUAUGUAGUGGAAAUUUUACUCGCUGCUUCAAUUUACUAACAUUGGUGUAAAAUAAUGGAACGAGCAAUAAAAACUAUAAUAAUCUAUACAACUGCGAGAAAAAAAAUGCCAUUUAGUCGUACCAGUGGGUAAUUUAAAGCGUUUAGAAUAUUUCCGCACCGAAAGCAAUAUUUUUGAAACUUGACACAAAAAUCUCGGUAUAAAAACUACAAAUUCAAACCAAUUUUAUACAGUUUUAUACUUUAAGCCCCAAAACCCCCAUUUCUAGCGAAUAAGUUUUGCCCGUAGCUAUUAAAUAUUAGAACGUAAGCGACAUUUUAACAAGUAGAGUAAAACAAUCGCAAAUUAGUCAUAACUACAAACAACAAAACGUUUCUACUGCUAAUAAUCUGUAACUUCGAUCAGUACAUAAAUAAAGUCUUAAUUUUUCUUAGUGUAACUCACAA